CUCUACCAUGUUUUGUUUAUUCCCGUGAACUGUGUUCUAUUUAUCAAAACAAGAAUAAUAAAAAGGAAGUAUCACUUAUAUUUGCAUUGAAAAAUGACUCGACACGCUAGGAAUUGCACUGCUGGUGCCGUAUACACUUAUCAUGAAAAGAAAAAAGAUGCCCAGGCCUCUGGCUAUGGUACCAAUUCCCAAAGACUUGGCAAGGAUUCCAUCAAAAACUUUGAUUGUUGCUCUCUAUCAUUACAGCCCUGCAGAAAUCCCGUAAUUACGAAAGAUGGUUAUUUAUUUGACAAGGAAGUAAUUUUGGAAUAUAUAAUUGCAAAAAAGAAUGAAUACAGCAAACAAUUAAAGCAGUAUGAAAAAAUGAAGAAAAAAGAAGACGAGGAAAUUAACAAUAAGAAAACUAGUGAACUGGAAAAGAAAGUGGAGAGCUUUUUGAAGAAUGAAAACAAUAUUGUCAGCAAACCUCUGGAUGGCUUUAAAUCAGAACCAAGCACAUCUUCAAUUUCAAACAUGGCCAAUGGCAAAGAAAAGGUCUUGCCUAGUUUUUGGGUUCCGGGACAAACGGCACAAGUUGAAAAAUCAAAACUACAAAAACCUGAUCCAACAAUAUAUUGCCCAGUAUCUGGAAAACCACUAAAAGUGAAAGAUCUGGUGGACGUAAAGUUUACGGCAGUAAAAGAUGACUCCAAAAAAUCCAUACACACCCAGGAAAAUAGAUAUAUGUGUGCUGUUACUCAUGACAUCUUAAGCAACUCAAUUCCUUGUGCUGUUUUGCGACCAACGGGUGAUGUUGUAACAGUGGAAUGUGUAGAAAAAUUGAUAAAAAAGGACAUGAUGCACCCUUUAACAAGUAAGAAGCUUUCUGAGAAAGACAUUAUUAUAAUGCAGAGGGGUGGAACUGGUUAUGCAUUAACUAAUGAAAAGUUGGAAGCAAAAGCUGAAAGACCUGCUCUUCAGGCUUAAGGAAGAUCCUAAUUACAAUAUUUAAGAAGGAUACUUGUUGGUAAAAAAGAACUGGCAGUAAUGUCAUAAAAAAACAACUAAGUUUUGUUAACUAUUUAAUAUUUGUAUAUUAGGUAACAAAAAAAUUUACAUAUUUAAGUGAAUUUAUAUAAUUUGUGAAAUUAUUAGAUUUUUGUGAUAUUAAA